CUUCCAGCCUGACACACGGUGACACCCCACAGCGCACACACACUGACAUACAGGAAGUUCCUCAAUUACUGCCCGGGCCAUUUUCCUUUUUCCCUCACCCGGGAGAGUAGGACGCGUACGGGCAGAACCGGAGGAGACGGGGCGGCCGUGGGCAGAUGUGGCCCGGACAUGGGGGAUCCGGACAGGAUAGAGACCCGCAGCCCGAUCCAUGUGAAUCUGACUGGAAACGAGGACAGAGUUGCCAUGAAAGACUUUGAACUGCUGAAGAUCUUGGGAACUGGAGCAUAUGGCAAGGUAUUCCUUGUACGGAAGGUGACUGGGCCAGAUGCCAGCCGUCUCUAUGCUAUGAAAGUCCUCCAGAAAUGUGCACUAGUCAAGAAGGAGAAAACUGUGGAGCACACUAAAACUGAGCGCAACGUACUAGAACAUGUGAGGGAAAGCCCCUUCCUAGUAACACUCCAUUAUGCCUUCCAGACAGAUGCCAAGCUCCAUCUUAUACUGGAUUAUGUGAGUGGCGGAGAGCUUUUCACUCACCUCUAUCAGCGGGAUAACUUCUCUGAAGACGCAGUGCGGUUUUAUUCUGGAGAGGUUAUUUUGGCUCUGGAGCACUUGCACAAGUUGGGCAUCGUGUACAGGGACAUUAAGCUGGAAAACAUCCUGUUGGAUAGUGAAGGCCAUGUGAUCCUGACAGACUUUGGCCUAAGCAAAGAGUUCCUUUCUGAAGAGGAGGAGCGCACAUAUUCCUUCUGUGGGACGACAGAGUACAUGGCACCAGAAAUUAUACGUGGGCAGGGAGGCCAUGGUAAGAUUGUAGAUUGGUGGAGUUUGGGAAUCCUGAUCUAUGAAUUACUUACAGGAGCAUCUCCUUUCACCUUAGAGGGAGAAAAGAACACACAGAGUGAAGUUUCCAGGCGGAUCCUGAAAAUGGACCCCUCUAUUCCCUCCUUUCUGAGUUUGGAGGCCAGGGAUCUUCUCCAGAAACUGCUUCGUAAAGACCCCAAAAAACGUUUAGGAGCUGCAGGGGCAUCCCAAAUAAAGGAACACCCUUUCUAUAAGGAUUUGGAUUGGGAAGCCCUGUCACUUCACAAGGUCAAUCCUCCAUUCCGCCCUUCAAUAAGGAAUGAGACAGAUGUCAGUAAUUUUGCUGAAGAAUUCACAAAUCUAGAUCCUGUCUAUUCUCCAGCUGGCACACCUCCCUCUGGUGCUCCAGUCUUCCAGGGCUACUCCUUUAUAGCACCUUCUGUCCUGUUUGGCCGGAAUGCUGUGAUGACAGACAUGGCAGCUCCUUCUGCCGACAAGCCUGGAAGUCCUACUCUAGCUCUUAGUGCUGCUAUGAAGGACUCCCCAUUCUUCCAGCUUUAUGAAAUAGAUCUUGAAGAACCAGCUCUGGGAUCUGGCAGCUAUUCGCUCUGCAGAAAGUGUCAGCAUAGGCAGACCCAAAAGGAAUAUGCUGUGAAAAUCAUAAGCAGGAGGAUGGAAGCCAACACCCAGAGGGAGGUAGCAGCACUGAGGCUUUGUCAGGGACACCCCAAUAUUGUCACACUUCAUGAGGUCCUACAUGACCAGUACCACUCAUAUUUAGUUAUGGAGCUCCUGGAUGGAGGGGAGUUACUGGACCGUAUAAAAAAACAGGCCUGUUUCAGUGAAGUGGAGGCCAGCAGUCUAAUGCGUAGUCUGGUGAGCGCCGUGUCACACAUGCAUUCAGUCGGAGUUGUACAUAGGGACUUAAAGCCAGAGAAUCUUCUCCUGUCAUCACCUGGGGAGAACGCCGUUCUAAAGGUCAUCGAUUUUGGUUUUGCAAGGCUUCGCCCACCAGGAUCCCGGCCAUUGCACACUCCAUGCUUUACCCUUCAUUAUGCUGCUCCAGAACUAUUUUCUAACCAGGGAUAUGAUGAACUGUGUGACCUGUGGACUCUUGGAGUAAUCCUGUACACCAUGCUGUCUGGCCAGGUGCCCUUCCAAGUAAAGAGAGGCAAAUCUCCUCAUACCCGUGCUGCUGACAUCAUACAGAAAAUUAAGAAAGGAGAUUUUAGCAUGGAGGGCAAGUGUUGGGAGCAUGUAAGUGAGGAGGCCAAGGAGCUGGUCAGAGGUCUUCUGAUUGUGGACCCCACUUGCAGGCUGAGUCUGAGUGAACUCCAGGAAAGUGAGUGGCUUUGCGGUGGGCGUCCUCUUUCCUCCACUCCGCUCAUGACUCCAGAUGUCUUGGAAUCCAGUGGCCUGGCCACAAAGAACUGUGUGGAUGCUACCUUCAUGGCAUUUAACCGAGGAAAGCGAGAGGGUGUAUUCCUAAAGAGUGUGGAUAAUGCACCCCUUGCCAAGAGACGCAAACUAAAGAUGUGCAGUACUGGGGUUGACACACGCAGUGGUUCCUCAUCAUCCUCAUCUUCCUCUUCAUCAGCUGCUGCACCUACAUCCUCCCCUCCAAAAUCCAGGGGCACCCCUCAGAACAACUGUUCUGGGAACUCUUAACCAACAGCUCAGGGAAAUACACAAUACCUCUGCAGGUCAUAUGUGUUCCCUUACCCAUGAAUUUUCUGCAAGUCUCCCAUGAUACAAACAUUUUAUUAUGUAUUAUCAGUGGCUGUGGGUAUCUCUGUAGGUGGGAUAUGAUUGGAUGUGCAUAUAUGUAUGGAUGUUACAUUUAUAAAGCCAGAGACAUGUCAGUAUUUACAGAUUGGAAAAGGGAUGUAUAUGCUUAUAUAUAGAUAUAUAUGGAGUGGUUUUCCUGGGUUUAUAUAUUCACGCACAAUCACUAUACGUACAUAUGCAUAUUCAGAGUUAUCCCACCUUUUGGAAUGCCAGAAUAUCCCAGAAAGAAAUGGAGAGCACUGUUGUACUAUAUAUUUCUGCAGCAGAAUGUGGCCUAGCUAAGUCCUUGGAAACUGUAUGUUUGUGUAUGACUAAAGUGUAUAUAGAUAUUAUUAGAUGAUCUGUACAUACUUAUGCAACAGCAGAAUAGUGUAGACCCAAGUGUAUUGAUAAGGGCUCACUGACACUGGAUAUUUUCAAGUCGCAGAAAGUCCCUAAUAUUUUUCACACUAUUUAUAUGCUGGGUUUUUUUUGUGCAAUGUGGGUUUUAUUCUCUUUACAGGGCUACAAAUCUGCUGCAUUCAUGGACCAAAGUCUUGUAUACAGUGUUUACAGAGCAGUGCAAGGACAAAAUGCCUGUGUGUACAAGCCCAUAGUUCAACAGAUUUACUUUCUUACGAUUGUUAUGCAUAAGUACAUGCAUGUGAAAGUUCUGUGUGUGCUUUUGGGCUGUGAAAUUGUCGUACAUACCCCUUGUAUACGCUUUUCCAUUUUAGAUCCCCCCAGUAAACCUUGUGCUGCUUAUUGGUGUUGGUCCACAGAAACAGUUGCCUUUUAUGGCACCAUUGUGCAGCAAUUAGUAUGAUUUUACUUAGUAGAACUGUGCGAGUAGAACAUGUUGGCUUGAAAUACGAACCAUUGAAAGCAGCAGGUCAAAAUCCUUCUUAGAGCCGCAUAGAAUGCUUUUCAUAUGAAAUUGUCAUGACAAAAGAACUUGGCUUUAUUACAUACAAAAUGGAACAGAAAUCUGUGCUGACUUUGUCCUAUAGCAGGAGACUCCAUCUGCCUACAAAAUGCAGGUGGAGAGAAGUGGACCUUAUACCAGGUCUGACUUUGUCCUAAAGAAACUGUUUGCCAUUUGCCUGAUUAAAAAGCCAUAUUGGUUAAUGCAACUAGCACCUUAGCCUGCUAUGUGUUCCAAAGUCUUCUCUAAGUAGUUGCCUUUUUGCAUUUCAUAAAGCCAACUUUUAGUUUUUUAGAUGUUUAUUUUUCAUGGAGUUCAUUGUAAGAAUAAAUAAAUAUAUAUAUAUACACUGCGACAAAUCAUAAA